AUGUAUUUAUCGCUCGGGACCAGGAAUGUGUUGAGCGCACAAUCCGGGCAAAACGCGAGCAGCGUUGUUCUUGUUCUUGGGGGAAAUGGCUUUAUUGGCAGCUCGCUGGUGGCAAAGUUGCUCUUGAUGGACGGAUACAAGGUGACGACUUUGAAUCGAGGACGCCAUUAUUUCGACUCUGGGUCCCGGAUUGACACGCAUGAUAUUUUACAGAUAUUACGGGGACGAUUUGAACGCUAUAUUUACAUAAGCUCGGACUCUGUGUACGAAGUGUGCAUAAAGAAUCCCCACGGGGGACCUAGCCGGGAGGAAGAUGCCAUUAGACCACGCGACCCGCGUGAACGACACGAAAUAAAUAUGGCAGAUUACUACAGCCACCAGAAACUAGGCUGCGAAGAGGUUCUUCAAAAUGAACGAAAGUUGAAUGGCAUAAACUACGUCAGCCUUCGCCUGCCUUACGUCAUUGGGCCACGUGACACGACAGACCGGUUUUGGAAUUAUCAAAUCUGGUUAUUGACGCACCAACUGGAUGGGUCUUUGGGUCCGGUACACUUAAAUCCAAACAUAAAUAAACUUCUCAACUUUGUCUAUUCGGAAGAUGUCUCAGAUUUGAUUGCGAAGCUUUUAGAAGUUGAACUGGAUGUUUAUAACGAGGCAUAUAAUGUAGCAUUUAAACCGGUCACCCUUGAGAGAUUCCUCGGUAUAAUGGCGGGAUCUUUAGGAGUAGAUGUGGUCUUCAAUAGGACAGAUGAAGCGAAUUUACACUGGUAUCCACCGAUGACCCAUGGCUCCACGAGUACAGCUAAAGUCAUACAGAAAUUAAACUGGAAGCCCUCUUCUCUUGAGACGGCUAUAAGAAGUUCGUGCGAGUUUUAUCAGAGGGCAAUGUCCGUUUGGAAAUAUAAAAUUCGACGCGACCGUAUACUACAAAGAUAUCUACCAAAUAAGGUGCUAAGAGAAAGGUUCUUGAAAGACCAAUUGAACGAUGUUUCUCGAGAAGAACUUUGA